AUGGGCCCUGUCCCUAAACCGACUCAAGGAAACGGUUUCCCACUCAAAUUGGGAAACUCUAUUACUCUCCGUUUCACUCACUAUCAUCUUUUGCGUUCCCGUUUCCCCAAUCCGAACAUCCGUUUCCCAAGCACCGCUUGUUUCUCCCCCGUGCUCGUUCCUCUCCGAAUCGAUUGCUCGCCACGAAACGCAUCGGAAUCCAAGCUCUUGGAUUGAAGAAAUGGAGGUUAGCGGGAGGAAAGAGAGAAACAAGGAAGUGAUGCGAUUAGAGCGCGAGUCUGUCAUUCCAAUCCUCAAACCUAAGCUCAUCAUCAAGCUCGCAUACCUCAUUGAGCAUGGUACUGAUCGAGCAGAAUUUCUGAAGCUGUGUAAGAGAGUUGAGUACACCAUCAGAGCCUGGUACCUAUUAGAAUUUGAGGACUUGAUGCAAUUGUACUCUUUAUUUGAUCCUGUUCAUGGAGGCCAAAGAUUGGAACAACAACGGUUGUCUUCUGAUGAAAUUGAUGUGCUUGAGCAGAAUUUCCUGACAUACUUCUUUAACAUAAUGGAGCAGAGCAACUUCAAAAUUGUGACUGAUGAUGAGAUUGAAGUUGCACAGUCUGGGCAAUAUCUCCUAAACCUUCCAAUCAAAGUGGAUGAGUCUAAGCUUGAUAUGAAGCUUUUGUCUAAUUACUUCAGAAAACACCCUCGUGACAAGCUGCCUGAAUUUUCUGAUAAGUACAUAAUAUUUCGCCGAGGCAUUGGACUUGACCAGACAACUGAUAUCUUUGUAAUGGAGAAAUUGGACAUGAUCAUAUCUCGUCUUUGGGGAUGGUUGCUCAAAGUUUCUAGACUUCGGAAGCUCUUCUCUAAAAAGCCAAAACCAGCAAGAUCAAAUACAGAUCCAAAAAAAUCUGAUGAACCGAGUGCUGAUGCAAAAGAAGAAGAUUUAGUUGUUGAGCGCAUUCGGAUUCAAAACAUGGAACUGAGCAUGAAAAAUCUAUUUGGGAAGAUCACAAUUCAAGAGCCCACUUUUGACAGAAUGAUUGUUGUUUACAGACGAGCAAGCUCCAAGACUCAAACGGAACGAGGAAUAUGCAUAAAACAUUUCAAGAAUAUUCCAAUGGCAGACAUGGAGAUAGUUUUGCCUGAAAAGAAAAAUCCAAGUUUAACCCCAAUGGACUGGGUUAAAUUCCUUGUUUCCGUUGUUAUUGGGCUUAUGACUCUCGUUGGAUCACUUGAAAUGCCAAAAGCCGACAUUUGGGUUGUUUUGGCUAUUCUUUCUGGUCUGAUCGGUUAUUGUGCGAAGAUCUACUUCACGUUUCAACAAAAUAUGGUUACUUACCAAAAUCUAAUCACACAAUCAAUGUACGACAAACAAUUGGAUAGUGGGAAAGGCACACUUCUACAUCUCUGUGACGAUGUUAUUCAACAAGAAGUUAAAGAGGUGAUUAUCUCAUACUUCAUUUUGAUGGAACAAGGAAAGCUGACGAUUGAUGAUCUGGACCAGAAGUGUGAAGAUCUCAUUGAAGAAGAGUUUGGUGAACAAUGCAAUUUCGAUGUCACGGAUGCUGUGAGAAAGUUGGAGAAACUUGGAAUUGUUAUAAAGGAUUCUAUUGGAAGAAUUGCUUGUGUUCCAUUGAGACGUGCCAAUGAGAUCAUCGGUACUACUACCGAAGAAAUAGUGCUUAAAGCUCGACAAGGCCCAAUCACUUAGUUCUAUAUAUAUAUAUAUAUGCCUGUAUAUUUCUGCAGUAAGGUUCAUCAGGUAAAUGCUGUCAAACAUUGCAUUGCAGCUGAAGUGAAGAUUUGUUCAGAGUUUGUUGUUUGGCUUUUAUUGUAAAUUAAUGCGUGCUAAAUUAUUUCAUUUAUUUAUUUUAUUUUUAUGUGUAGAUAUGUUUGUUCUUGCUUUGCUGUGAGAAAUUACAUUUGUGUGCAAUGUAGAUGCUAGUUGAAUAAUCUAGUAAUUACUGACUGAGUAAAUAAUUACUCUUAAGUUGGAUCAGUAUGUAUUAAACUAUUAAUUAAUGCA